ACGGCCACUGCAGCCCUAUGAUAAGUCCAGUCAAGACGAGAAGAGUACACAAUUGAGUUAUUGUGCAAAAACAAUACCAAUACAUUUUUAAUAACAACUUCAAGAUUCUGUAGAUGUCAUCGCCUAUUCAGCUUGUGUAAUUCAAUGGAGACGCUUGGCAGUGGUGUGUUGAAGCAGAUAGCCGAAGCCCUGCUAGAGACUGUCCAGUGCCCUGUGUGUCUCUCAGCUCUGCGUCCACCAGUCACAUUGUGCUCCAGCGGCCACGGACUUUGUCCGGACUGCAAACCUACCAUUGAAGUCUGCCCAACGUGUCGCGAAAACUUUAUAGAAAUCAAACCAAUCAUUCUACACCAACUGUUGGAAGCCCUACCAAGGGAUUGUCAGUACAAAUCUCUUGGUUGCGCUGAAGUAUACAUCCCUGGAGGGAGUCACGAGCAAGUUUGCUGCUAUCGCACGGUAGACUGCAAAGUCUUAGAAUGUGGGUGGACGGGUCAAGCCAGGAGAUUGAAGGAUCACGUAAUGACUGCCCAUGAUGAGACUGUUAUUGUGGAAGAGGUGAAGAGUGAACUUACCUGGGACUACUUAAACCGUGAUGAAGAUAGCUUCAAAUAUAUUCCGUUUGUAGCUGAUGAUCAAGUGCUAUGGGCAUAUGUUAAUUUAAGCGUUCAAGUUUCCAAGCUGUGCAUUUCAUUCACUCAAUCCCCCGUAGGAGCGCCCAGAAAUCAGCAUUUUGCCAUUGUUCGUUUUAAAAAUGGGGUUUUUGAGUUCACCCAUACAAUUAAGAUUCCACUGGACACGUCUGACGCUAUAUUUGACUUCCUUGAAGAUCACUGCAUGAUGAUUCCUGUUAGUAUGUUGUCACGGUUUGUAAACCAGGAUUCUUCACUUGAGUAUAGCAUUCAAUUUGUCAAAGAGAAAAUAUAAAUGUUGAAAAGAGCAAGAUCAAAUGAAUAUACCUGAGACAAACUUUGCAGUUCAUUGGUUGGUUAUGCCGGGUUUGAAAAAAGGUUUUAAUUUGUAAUCCUUCAUUGAAGAUCACUUAUUAUAUUCCCUAUUACAAUAUUCAAGAUAAAAACAGCACUUGCAUUAAAAUAAUAAUUUUUUAGAAUUAAGGAGUUUUGUUAUAGGUUAACCAGGAUAUUUGUAUCUCUUGACACAAGUAUGAAAUAUAAUAUUUGGUAAAAACA